AAUGGAAGUGCUCGUCGUGUUUGGGGCGUGUUGGACCGCUCUGUCCUCUUCCAUUGGCUCACAAAGAGCCAAUCAAUAACGGAAGUCCUGCUUAGAGCUUUUUGGACUCCUGUCUGGAGUUUCAUACUUGAGGAGGAACGCGAGAGGACAGCUCGUACUCAUUACAUGUAGUUGUGUGUAUUCUCUGUCAAGCAGUUUUGGCUUCUCCUGUCGGGAUGUACACGGCGGGACUCAAUCCGUUUUACGCAUCGAACUUUAGCCUUUGGACCGCGUACUGCUCGAGCGGUUUUGGGGUGGACAGCAUGAAGAAACCCUCGUUCUGCAUCGCUGAUAUUCUGCACGUUGGAGAUGCGGAGAACAUCCCCGGUUCGUCUUCGCUCAUGGCUCACAUCGGAGCCCGAGCGCAGGGUUAUUCCUCGGGAUCCCCGUUACGCCCGUCCCCGGUCACUCCAAGCGCGUCCGCGUAUCACAGGCACGGAAUACACUUGACAUCCAGAGCCGCGAUGCACGCGCAAUCCGCGCCUCCGCUCUCCAGCAAAGACCUCAAGUUCGGGAUCGAUCGGAUAUUAUCCACAGACUUCGAGCCGAAGGGAAAAGAAUCGCUAUCGUUGAGAGAUCUCACAUCGAUUGUUAGUCCGAAUCGACAGUCAGCAGUCCCGUACUUCGCGUCCAUAGACCCGACCAUGAGCGAAACCUCCUCCAUGAUGGGUUCAAUAAGCAAUGCCGCCAGACAAUCAGGGCAACAUCAGUUUCAAGACACCUUCCCAGGGCCGUAUGCUGUGCUUUCCAAAGACACAAUGCCACAGACUUACAAGAGGAAAAGGUCGUGGUCCAGAGCCGUGUUCUCCAACCUCCAGCGGAAAGGCCUCGAGAAACGCUUUGAAAUCCAGAAGUACGUCACGAAACCGGACAGAAAACAGCUGGCCGCGAUGCUGGGCCUCACCGACGCACAGGUCAAAGUUUGGUUCCAGAACCGACGGAUGAAGUGGAGGCAUUCCAAAGAAGCGCAGGCGCAGAAGGACAAAGAGAAAGAGCAGCCGGAUAAAUCCGCGACCGAAACCGAACCCAAAGAGCGCGAGGACUCCGAGUGUGAAAGCGAACCGAGCGAGUCCGAAUUCGAGGACGGCGCGGAGGACAAAAGCGAUGUGGACAUUUCUGACCUCAACAAAGCCAGUGUGAUUAUUCCCGGAGCUCUCGACACAUCCAGCACAAACUCACCGACAGAACCGAGCGCAACCGCGCAACAAACACCGCAGUGAGGAACCGGAACACGCCGGUAACGCGUCACGGGACACACUAGAGCCAUCGUUUCAUUGUGACCCUUGAGAGAGAGGACUGCCUUAAAUCAACCACUCGACCUUCAUAACGAUUUGGGAAUUGAAUGUUCAUGAAUUAAGACGUUGAUAAACUUGACUGUAUUAUAUUUUGUCUGUAAGUAUUUGCACUGAAAAUGUAAAUAAACGUUUGUUACUAAUAUCCCA